CUAGAACUCUUGAAAAAUGCGAAAAAAAAUGGUGAAAAUGUAAUUGAAUCACAACAAUCUGUUGUUGCGAAUCUAUAUGUGACUAAACACCGUGGUAGGCCACCUAAGCAUUUCAAGGAUGCACUUGAAAAUAUUACCAAUACUUGUCAAAAUUCACAGAAUACAAAAUUAGUAGCAGAUCAUAAUGAGUAA